AUGCUCGGGCUAGAACGCUUCAUCGGAGGUCUCCUCCUACUCACCCUCAUUGGCAUUCUCUCCAUAACUCUCAAACUGCUCUACAACAUCUUCCUCCAUCCGCUGCGACACUACCCUGGUCCCCUCACCUGGCGGGCGACGAGACUAAACUGGGUCUUCUCCCUCCAACGCGGCUAUCUCCACCAAGACCUAUUAGCCAUACACAACAAAUAUGGUCCCGUCGUCCGCAUUGCGCCGGAUGAACUAUCUUACAUCGAUGCUCGUGCCUGGAAGGACAUCUACGUUUCUGGUUCUGCACGGCCGGGUCAUCCUGCUAUAGAGCGGAAUGGCAUUUGGUUUCGCAGGCAAUCGCCUAGCGAACCGUGGAGUAUUAUGGGGAACAACGAGGAUGCGCAUGCGCGGUAUCGGCGCGCCUUUGGGGGAGCUUUCAGUGAGAAGGCCGUUAAGGAUCAGGCGCCGUUGAUUGAGAAGUAUGUUGAGACUAUGAUGCAGAAGUUUCACCGCAUGGUUAGUUCUGGUGAUGGGAAUGCGGUUGUGGAUAUCGCAUCCUGGCUAAAUUUCGUCACGUUCGAUAUUUCUGGUGAUUUGUCGUUCGGGGUGUCCUUCGGCAGUACGGAAACAGGGAAGCCCCAUCCCUGGGUUGAGAUUGCAUGCAACUUUGGAAAGGGCGUCGCACUGGUGGCGUCGUUGAAUUAUUUCUCUCCCCUGCAGAAAUUGCUCAGCUAUUCCAUGCCGGAGAAGGUGCGUGCGAAAAUGACUUAUCACCGCCAGCUGAGUGUUCAGAAAGUGAGGCAGAGAUUGCAGUUGAAAGGGGAACGAGCUGAUUUCGUGCAAUCGGUGCUCAAGUACAAUGAGGGGAAGAAAGAGAAAAUCACCGCAGAGGAGCUUGAGUGGAACAUGUCAGUCUUUGUCUUCGCAGGGAGUGAGACGAGUAGUACCGCCAUGGCGUCGGUGUUAUUUGGUUUGCUGAAAACGCCGGGAGCCAUGAGGCGCGUCACUGAAGAGAUCCGAUCGGCAUUCGCUUGUGAGGAAGAUAUCAACGUCGCCAGUGCCGCCAGACUUGCGUAUCUGACUGCGGUGAUCAAGGAAGGCCUACGCUUGGGCCCUCCGAGCGCUGUCACAGUUCCUCGCAUAGUUCCUGCUGCUGGUGAGGAGAUCUGUGGAAAAUGGGUACCCGGUGGUACCUUCGUAACAGUGAAUCAAUAUCCUUCAUUCCGCUCGGCAACAAACUUCAGCAACCCCGACCAGUUCAUACCGGAGCGGUUCUUACCCAAUGAAAGCCCUAGUCCAAACGACAACCUAGCCGCAUUCAACCCAUUCCUCGUCGGGCGGCACAUGUGCAUUGGAUAUAAAUUCGCAUGGGCAGAAAUGCGGCUCAUCCUGGCGAGGUUGCUGUACGCAUUUGAUAUGAGCCUGAGCGGGAAUCCGCGUGUCAGUGAUUGGGGGCAACAGCAGACUUUUAUCUUCUGGCAGAAGGAUCCACUUUUGAUUCAGCUGAAACGUAGUUCAGUGUUGAGGCCGUGUUAA